AUGAACCUUGUUACAAGGGAGGCUACUAGAUUUCAGUUUACUACUAGACAAAACUGGUCAAGAGAAGUUCUGCAAUUUACGCCUUCUCCCUCGAUUCCAUCUGAUUCCAACUUUGAGGAGCUUUUUGACUCUAUUAUCGAGGCAUUCGUCACUCCUUGGUGUGAACAAAUAACACCUUCAUCUUUAUUUGCUAAUGACGUCAAGUUGCAACUAACUCGAGUUGCCACAUUUGCAACUUGCAAGUUUGAAAAGAUUGAUAUUGCAACUUUUGCCAAGAACAGAUUACUCCCAGUAAUUCGACGCCAUUUUCAAUUUAAGGAAGUAAGAAAUACUGCAAAUGACAAGCUGCAUCUUCGUUUACAAGCUGGAAGACUUGUCUCAGCAAUGCUUCCACUCGAAGAAAAUGAAUUAACUAGAACCUUACUUGUAGAGAUUUUAACUUGGAUUUUGGAGAAUCUAGUGAAUUUUCUUUGUGAUGGUGAUUUUUAUAAUAUGAUGAUUGUUAAGUUUUUAGGAGGACGAAGAAACGAAGCUAAAGAAUGGAGAAACGUUUUGCAAAGCGCAUUAUCCAAGUUGGAUGAUGACGAUGAGCAAGAAGAAGAAGAAGAGGAAGAAGAAGAAGAAGAAGAAGAAGAAGAGGAAGUAAGAGCAGGAGAAAAAGAAGAAGAUGCUGAUCAAAAUUACAAUUAUGACAGAAUAAAUAGUCUCAAUCCUGAUGAACCAAUAAUAAAGGAUGCGCUGCUAGAAGAAACCGAGUCUAUUGAAGUUUCUCCGCUGGGAACUCCCCAAAAUGUCAAAAUCCAGUCUACAGUAACUGAAAAGGAAAACGGGAAAGAAUUUACAGUAUUUGUUAUCGAAACUCAAACUGAGCUGAAUGCAGGUUGGAUUGUUGGUCGUCGUUACAAUGACUUUUAUAAACUACAUCAACAUCUAAAACGGUAUCAGUAUUUUGACUCGAAAUUCCCCAAAAAAUGGAUCUAUAAUAAUAGGAAUAGAAUCGAAGAACGGCGGAUACAACUAGAAAGUUACCUUAGAGAUGCAUUAAGCAUAAAUGAAUUGCGAAACGAUCCAGUGCUUAAAAAAUUUUUAUCCAAAAUUGAAUUUGACGACAUCAAACCUGGCUUUAUAUACUAUAUGACUUAUUUCCUUUUACCACCAUUGCUUCGAUAUUUACAUAUCCCAAGCUUAGAUCAGUUGGUCCCUGGACAAAUCAAAAUGUCGCCUAUAAGGACUAAAGCACAAAAGUUGCAUUCGUAUAAUAUUGCAAAAUCAAUUUUCCCCACUGAGGCGUUUGAAUUGUUACAAAAUCAAGCUCUUAAUAAAGACUUGAUAUAUGCCGUAUUUGACGAACUUGUUAAUGAAAUAUGUAGAAUAUAA